AUGGAACAACGCAAGAUGGAGAAAAUGAAGAAUUAUAAUGGUGAUCAGGACAUUGGUCUGUACUACAAAGGAAGUACGGUUGAUAAGACUAACAUUGCACCAAAGAUCGAAACUGCAUUUAACGCAAAUAGUUCUUCUGGAGGGAAGCAUCUGAUCGAAGAACCAUCAAAAAGAGCUUGUUAUGGUCUGAUAGAUCAAGAUGAUGAAAGGAUUCCAGAAGGUUUUAAUUGGGAUGAUUAUGAUCCUAACAGAACUUCAGGAUCUAAAGCAUUUGUUGCUCAAAUUUUCGAAGAUUCAACUGCUGAAGAGGAAUUAGCGUAUGCUUAUUACGAAUCUCAGCAAUACAGUCCGAAAAAGAAAGAAGAAGAACCAGUUUCAAAAGAAGAAGUUUCAGAAAAAGCACCUAUCUUUGAUCACUCAUCAGAUGAAGAGAGUGAUGACGAGAGUGAAGAAAUUCGGAAACUUGAAUUUUAUAAAAGAGAAUUUUCACCUGACAGGUAUAAUUUGUAUUUUGCAGGUAAAAUGGAAGAGAUCAAAGAAAGACAAGCUACGAAAAAGAAGAAUCAUAAGGCAGCAACUGUUGAAGAAAAGAUCAAACAUGAGGAAAAUGUUCGAGUGAUACAGAAGCAGGUUAAAGAAAUUCCAGCUAUCAAGGUUGAGAAGGAAGCAGAUACUGGAAAGAUAGCUGAGAAGAUUUAUCCUACAGUAGAAGGCAUGGAAGUGUUUGAAGAGAAGAAACCAGAAGUUAGAGGAUGUGGAUUCCUCAGAUGGGCUGAUGUUGGUGAAGAACAGGGAUGUCCGAUUUGUCGAGAGGUAAUGCAUGCUUUAUUUCAAAGCAUUAAAGAUAAGGAUGGGUUGGCUAAGUGCAAAGACAAGUUGGCUUGGUACAAGAAUGGCGAUGUGUUCAAACCGAAGAUUUAUGAGUUUUCAAGUAUUGCUGACAAAGAGAAUGAUAUAGUUGAGAAUGAGAAAUAUAUUGCUAAGGAUGAAGACGUCGUUGCAGCCGAAGAAUCAGACAGUUAUGUGUACUUUGAGGAUCAAGACUCUGAGAUACUCAGACCUUACAUGGAGCAAGAAACUGAUUAUGAAAAGAUAUUCGGAGAUCUGACAAAGGAUUAUGACCCUGAAGUGCUGGAACAUGCAUGGGAUUACACAUAUUGGGAUGAAGAGGAUGAUUGGUACUUUGACCCAUAUGAAGGGGAGCAUGGUUCUGAUUCGGAUUGGUCUUGUUUGGAUGAUUGUCACUGGGAAUAG